AAUUUUGUAAUUUGUAAGAAUCGUGUACACAAACACGACAAAGCGCACGUGGAAAUGCAAUCCAUUUCAGUUGAUAGUCCAGACGAUGGAUCGAACGAUUUUGACAGUGACAUUGAUGGCGAUGAUGAGGCAAAUAAGACUGAUUCUAAGACAGGAUUAACUGAUGGAGGUGAUGAGGAAAAUGCAACUGAAUCCAAGACUGGUUUGGCUGAUGCAAUGGCCAAAAUUUUGUCAAAAUCUGUACCUCAGCAUAAACAGGUGAUUUUAGCAAAAGGAACAACAGAUAGGAAGUUAGAGAAGAAAAGGAAAAAGAAAGAAGAGGAGGAUGAAGAAAAGCAUGAAGAUAAAACAUCAUUAGAGAAGAAAAGGCUAUGGGAAGCAAUGGCAAAGGUAAAACCUGAUCCACUGGAGAGAGAUAAGGAAAGAGCUUUACAAAGAAUAGCACAAAGGGGAGUUGUCCAAUUAUUUAAUGCAGUUAGGAAACAACAGAAAAUAUUGAAAGAACAAUUAGAUGAUGCAGGACCAACUGAAGCAAAAAAAUCAAAGGCUUUAGGCAAAAUGACAAAAGGGAAAUUCUUAGAUUUACUGAAAGGACAAACUGUAUCAAAUAUAUCUAACAAAGCAUCGAAUAUGAAAACAGAAAUUAAACAGGAAAAUGUAUCUGAUGAAGAAGACAGCAAAAAUAAGAAAUGGGACAUUUUACGAGAUGAUUACAUGAUGGGGGCUAAAAUGAAAGACUGGGAUAAAGAAAGUGAUAGUGAAAACCCUCAAUCAGACAAUGAUAUAGACAGUGGUAGUGAAAGUGGAUGACAAAUAUCAUGUUAUAGAUCUAUGUUAUAAUAAAUUGAAUUUGUUUUACAAAAAGAUUUUGAUGAUUGCAAGCUAAAACAUAUAAAAAAGUUACUCUUUCCUACAUAUAAUAUAAACAAAGAAACACAAAACAGAUGGCCUAUGUAAAAAAAAAAGACAGAGAGGGAGAGAAAUUUGACGAAAAUAUGUAAUAAUGAGUUUUACCAUGUACCAGUAAGCCUUUUUCAAAUAUGAGUCAUUGACAGGCAUUCACAACCUUUUAUUUGUUUGAAUUUUUAUUAUGUCCACUGAGCAUUAUGUUUUCUAUUGCUUAUUACUAAGCUUUUAUUUUAAGGAAAUAUUCAAUAGUUGUUCUUGAACUUUAAGCUGUGAAAGUAAUUUUCAGAUCAUUGGGUAGUACGGUAACUUUUGUCUGACCAUACUUUGUAUUUUCAUUAUAGGCACUGAGCAUAGCAUCUUUUUGUAAUAUAUCUGAUCUGGAUCUUUAAAGUGAUCAGAUGUACCAUGUCAGAUUGAACAGUUUCUUCCUAUUUGAUAAUCCUUUAAAUUUUGGUCAAUGUCUAUAAAGGAGUGGUAUAUACUUUGUAAGUCAACACAUGCAACUUCAUGUUUUGUCUUCAUUGAACUGAUGUUUUUUUAUAAUGUCUAUUCUUCAAACCUGUUUAUUAUAUGGCAUUGAUAUGGUUUUGCUACCAGUGUGGUACUCAGUCAACAUUAUGACCAUUUGAGUGUCAGAAAUGAAGAGAGAAAUAGCUUUAUUUAUGUAAAUUGUUAUCAUUACAAGUUCUUGGUCCUUCAUAUCAAAUUUUAAUAAAAAAGAUUAUUCUACAA